AUGGCUGCCAGUGUCAUCCAGUCGCUGAGUGAGUUCGGCUUCAGCUCGGUGCUGCAGCCCUGCUUCCUGUCCAGACAGGAAGAAGAGGAGCUAGAGGCAGAAGAGGAGGAGGAGGAAGUGGAAGAGGAGGAGGCAGGACGAGAGGAUGAGGACGUGAGGAGCCGAGAAGAAGAGGAAGAAGAUGACGAUGAGGAAGAAGAGGAGGAGGAGAUGGACAUUGCCAAUCAGCUUCUUCGGUUCGCUGAGCUAAAGGACUCCUCUACCAAUCGCCUCCUCCGUUUCGCCGAGCUCAUCAGCAACGACGUGCAGCGCUACUUUGGGCGGAGCCAGGAGGCCGAGAGCGGGCAGGAGAGGCGGGACAUCUACGGGAGCCAGGAGCCAAUCAGAGCUGCGCAGGGCAGCAGCGGACGGCAGCGUUACUACGACGACCUGUUGCGUAUGGCCCAGGCCCCUGGGGUGGAGGAGCCUAAGCGCCUAAACCCCAACGGCCUCGGCCCAUUGGCUGAGCUGUUCCAGGAAGAGCAGAGGAAGGGGCGUGGCCUGCCUAUGAGCCAGAGGAGCCUGCCAAUCAGCUUCUGGACAGAGCCACACCCCUCAGCCCUACAGGGCGCGUUCGGUACAGCCCAGUCUUUAGCCAGUGUCCCAGAGUGCAUGCCCAAUAGGUCUAGUACAUCAGUCAUCGCUAAUGCAUCGGUGAACAUCCCUACUAGCUCUAAUACCCCGGUGAGCACGCCCAGUACCUCAUGUGCCCUAGUGGGCAUUUUCAGCAGUGCCCCCUCUUUACAGAGCAUGCCCAGUACCUCCUGUGCUCUGGGAGCGUAUUCAGUAGGCCCUGCCCUCCACAGAGCAUGCCCAGUACCUCAUGUGCUCCAGGGAGCGUAUUCAGUAGCUCCUGUGCUCCAGUGA